UUAAAAUAAAUGGACUGAAUUAAUUGGGUACAACUAAUUGAGAUGAGCAUACAUCCACACCUGUCGGCGUUUCAGCAUAUUAUCACAUCUAUUUUUAGACACUCCCUCACAAUUCAUGUAUGCUGACAAUACAUGCCCAGAUGUCCUGGAUUUGAUCAACAGUCACACCCCCUGUGGUAAGCUUUUUAUUCUUCUUUCAAUGUUUUCCAGUAAUCACAAAACCCAUCGAACCUACAAGGACUAUAAUCUUCCUGGUGACCAAAAUUUUCUUUCCCUUUCUGUUUUGGGACAGGACUUAAGGUGUUAUAUACAUCGUGUUCCAAAGUAGAUACAACAAAAGAGAAUCAUGAAUGUCAAACUCAAAACAAUGCAGCCAUAGCUAAGAAUAUGUAUUUUGGAAUGUCUUCCAUCUCCCUGACGCAGCAAAUCAUACUUUGGUUAACUCCAAGCUCUGUACUACUCUUGCAGCCUUGCCUAUGCACUCAAAACACAACCAACUUGCAGAGUCGUCAAUUCUUUGCCUCUAAUUAUAAAAGAAGCUUGAAGGAGAAAAAAGGGAUGCGGGGUCU